AUGGAUCCUAAUCUUCUUAACUUUUUCGCGGUGCCGAACAACCAGACCCUCAAUCAGAAUGAACCGUCUCAGCAGCAACAUGAUCCCUCACCAUGGAGACCAACUGGCUUCGAGGGCGACAUAGGUUCAUCUAGCAAUCAAGGAGGGCCAUCCUAUGAUUACCAGUCAAACGCACCAUCUGAGAUGUCCUUCACUCAGGCCCCCAUGCCAUCACCUUAUACCAGCUCAAGCAAAACUAUUCUUCCAAAUAGGGGACAUCCGCGAGGCCACCAACAACGGAAGCGAGAUGCACAUGAGAGGAAGCGUACAAAAGUUGACACAGAUUCGGCACUUGAAUCUUUGGACUAUUGGAUCAGAUUUGACGAUGAUGAAGGAGAGAGGACAGGGAGUUAUGAAAUUGACUUUUCGAAGCGUUAUGACCCUAUGAACGCCAACACCAACACUCAUCACCGACCGGGCUAUGGAUCAAGCUCGACGACCCCAGGCCUUGGAACGGGCAUAUAUGUGACAGCUCCUCCUUUCCAGGGUGCCGAAUACUUUGAUGACAAUGCUUUAGACAAUGCCCUGUCUGAUGACGAAGAAGGAAUUGACUCGAUGAGCCUCGAGGAGCAUUUAUCAAAGAUAGAGACUAUGCCACCGCCAGAAGUACCUCCACGAGAGGGUCUAUACUCAACGCCACUCAGCUGGGAAAAGCCAGAGCCCGGUCUACGCAUGGAGCCGAGUUUUGGCUUGGGGGAUCCUACAGCGGGCAUGAGCUCGGGAUUUGGACAGACAAUGUCUGGAAUGGGGAAUAAUCAACUUCUGAGUAACGAUGAGCAAAGAAGACUACUUGCUAUUGCAAUGAAUACUGGUCGGACGCCAGCCAGCUUUAUGCCCCCGAGUGGGUUUGGCUUAGGAUUUGGAGCUGGCCUUGGUACAGGACUUCCACCAGAGUUCAACAGCAGCAUCGACUCCCUCCUAGGAACACCGACUGGAGAGCACAGCCAAAGGCAGACACCUACGCCAGCCAAUAGCUCCAAAGCCCCAUCUCGGAAUCAGGACGUUAAGACGGAGGCCUCGAGCGAAACUGGAUUCAGUUCUGCCAGGCCAGGUCUCUCGCGUACCAAUACUGCGACAUCAGAUAUCAAGGGCAAGGACAAGUUCAAACAAGGAGAUCGGACAGCCCAUAACGAUAUCGAGCGAAAAUAUCGUACGAAUCUGAAGGACAAGAUCGCCGAACUGCGCGAUGCUGUACCUGCCCUUCAUUCAAUACCAGAAGAUGGAAUGGAUGAUGCCGAUGAAAACUCGCAAAGAGGGCCUAAAGUGAGCAAGGGCACUGUUUUAACAAAGGCAACAGAGUAUAUUCAGUAUCUAGAAAGGCGCAACAGGACAAUUAUGAAAGAGCACCAGGAGCUGGCCAGGCGCCUGCAGGCAUUUGAGCAGCUCCUCAGUGCGUCGGCUCGACAGCCAUUCCUGAUGCCCAACCACAGUCGGACACUCUUUGAUCCAAGAGGUUUCUGCUAG